AUGAUCGCUGAAGAACUUCUUUUAUUGCCUCAAAAGAUACCAGAAAAGAAUUCGACUAAAACAAUAAAAUGGCAUGUUAUUAUUCUUUUUGUGUUUUUUUAUUAUAUUGGAUUGAUCGUUGGUACUGCUGGCACAUUUUGGAUUGCAAAAAGUCACUUCUCUCAGUUUGUCGACACAGAAAAUUCUCGAAUGAAACUUUCUUUUUCCCGAAUGCUAAAAGGAAAUCUGAGCAAAUGCGAUGCCGAGAAGGGAUUGUUGGAAAGUGAGAGAGCGAAAAUGAAGACCAAGCUUGAAGGAAUCCCUUCAACUGAUUCGAAAUGUCAUUUCGCGUGGAGAUACUUUAAUAACUUUUGCUAUUACUAUCAGGGUUUCACCAGAAAUGCUCAAGGAGACAUAGUGAAAUAUGACUGGAAAACAGCCGAGUCGAACUGUGUGUUGUUGGGCGGACAUUUGGUGUCAAUUCACUCGUAUGAUGAGUUGAAUUUCAUGAAAAAGUUGAUCAUCCCGGAUGUUGACAUGAAAUCGUUGAACCCGAAAGCGCUUCCUCAUAAUCCGUGUGCUUACACCGAGUUCUACGUUUGGAAUGGUCUGCACAUCGUGAAUGGAACAAGAAAGUUGAGUGAUGGAAGUGCUGAUGAUUAUCAUGGAAAUGGAGAUGAUUACUCGCGUGGUCUCAACUAUAUGUUUUGCAACGAUGAUGCAAACGAGAACAACUAUCACUAUUAUGGAGGUAGUGACUAUGCAGAGGCAAGAGACGAGUGUCGCUUGCUUGGCGGAAAUCUUGCUAUGCCGCGAGACACCAACGAGAAUGCGGCGAUCGGGAAUGCGGCCGGAACGUUUGCGCUAAUCGGUGUCCACAGGCGAUCGAAUGGGGAAUGGUUCUACGAUGAUGGAACUCCGAGUUCUUAUCAGAACUGGGCUCAAGGUUGUUCAAAAGAUUGGAUAUUUUUCGAAGACAAUUGCUACUAUUUCUUUAAUAAAAAUCUGCAAAUGCGAAACGAAAAAUUCACUCGAACCAGCGCCGAAUCAGCAUGCAAUAGGAUGGGCGCUCAUCUUGCCUCGAUUCACAGCUCUCGUGAAAACGAUUUCUUAUUGAAUCAAAUUUUCACAAAUUUUUUCCAUGAUGGAACAUCGUGUGUAAAUGCUGGAGUGCUAAUCGGUUUAUCGUGCUCGCCAAGGACAGCUUAUUCGAAUUCAUGGAUAUGGAGUGAUGGAACAAGUGUCGAUUAUUUUCCAAGAGAAAACGUCUUGUGUCGGCCCGAGUAUUCGAUGAUCAAUGACAUAAAUUGCUUCUCGGAAUAUGUCUGGAAUGAUUGGCCCGAGUGGCUGAGAGGCGUCUCUCGGUACAUCUGCAAAAAGGCACAGAAUAAAUAU